GCACCCUAUACUGGAAUAUAUAGCGUUUCAUGCACAGAUGUCCACAGAUCCCUGAAAGAAUGAAGAAGUGGAUCCAUGCAGACUUGCAGGUCCAAGCUUACAAAGGCACAUGCAGACAGGUUCACACAGCAAACAAGAGAACUUAAGCAGACAGAUUCCCUCGUCUUCUCAACCCUAACUGUGCAGUCUGAGGAGGAGCAGGGGGGUAGGGCUUAGUUCUGGGAUCAUGUUACAACCUAGAGAUUAGCUCUGGCCGACACUCCUGCUGGUUCCCAAGGUGGGAGAACAGAGCUGUUCUGAUUGCUUCCUCUCCCAGAGAGGCCCUAGAUGUGGAUAUACUUGGUAUAUUGGUGCUAUUCUAAUUACUUCUUUGCCUUUAUGGGUCAGGGAACUGGUGGAAAUGGAAUGAGAAAAAAAGGGGACCCUUAGUCCCUUGAUUUCAGUUCCCCCCUCUCCCCCCUCAUCCUGCCUGAAGGCUGGAUACUGAGUUUGGGGAUCCCCUUCCCCAACCUUGAGUGGCCACAGGGCAGAGCCCAGUUUGUUCUAGGUGGAGCCCUCUGCCCUUGUCCAAGGGCCCUGGGGGCUGCUCUGUGGUGGCUGGUGUGAGAGUGGGGCAUGCAGCUCCCAGCCUGGCAUUGACUGGGACAAGUUAGGUGCUCCCAUGCUUACUAAGGGAUCUAACCAUGCUGACGUGGAGCUGGCCCCGAGCCCAGCAGGUGGCUGGUAGGGCUGCUGGCUUUGCUCAGAGCCUUAUCCCUACCUCUACUCCACCCCCCAUCCCACAGAAUCCUGUCCCAAGACAGGAUCUACAAGAACUUCUGAGCUGGCAAGUUAAUAUUUGUUUAGAAGCAGGUAACAGUCGAAAGGGACAGAUAGAUGGGCAGAGCUUGGAGAGAAGACAUCUGGAGGAAUCUGCCCAAGCUAGGACUUCCUGACUCCUAAGGGUCACUUUCUGAUUAAGGCUGCCCUGGUGAGCUGCUUUGGGGUGGGGAGGGGCAGGCUUCCCAACAAUGACUUUCUCCUUUUCUUUCAUUUUGCUAACCCUGGUGCUGCUGAUCCUCUCCCCACCAUCCACCCCAAGCCCAGGCUGGAGUUGCCUUUCCGAGUGUGUCUGUGGGCAGGGUGGACAGGUCAAUUGUUCUGGGGGAGAACUACACUUUGUGCCUAGGAUUCUGGACCCGAGGGUACAAGUUCUUCUCUUGGGUCACAACCAUAUUGACUUCUUGUCCCCGGGGGCCUUCGCCCUUCUGCCCAGGCUGCUCUCGCUGGAGCUUCAGAGCAAUGGGUUACAGAGAGUCCAUGUGCAAGCCUUCUGGGGCUUGGGGGUCCUGCAGUCCCUGGAUCUAAGCGCCAAUGCUCUCCAGGCCCUGGAACCGGGCACCUUCCGGCCACUUCGAGCACUCCACACUCUGUCUCUGGCAGGGAACCGGCUGAUGCGGCUGGAGCCCAUGUGGCUGGGUCCCCUGCCACUACUGCAGAACCUAAGCCUGCAAGAUAAUCUUCUCUCUAGCAUGGGCUCUGGGGUCCUAGACAGACUGCCUGCCCUGCACGAACUGAACCUGCAAGGGAACCCUUGGAUAUGUGACUGCACUAUUCUCUCCCUCUGCCACUGGCUGCGUAGCCAUGCACACCAGAUCCUAGGAGCAGAGUCCCUGAUGUGUGUGUCCCCAGACCAACAGAUCCUCAAGCCACUGGCUGCCCUCACAGAAGCCUCAUUCAAUUAUUGUGCCCUGCCACUGACCCCUUGGGACCUGGGGAUCAUCACCAUGCUGGGCCCACUCUCAUUUCUGGCCAGUCUGGCUGCCUGCUUCAUCUUUGGUUCCUUGCUCACUGCCUUCCGGGUUCGUCGUAAAAACCGUCACUAUCCGGUGAAGAGACCCAUCCCUCAGACCGUUGCCCUGGGUGACCCACCAGAGAACCCAACCACUAACUUCCCUGCCCCGGCUUGCUUUCUGUGACCCCUGUUCUCAUUCCGGUCUAGAGCUGGAGCCCAUGCCUUGUCCCGCCACCCCAUGAUGGGGGGAGGGACCCCACCCCUCAAUACGGCUGCGCCCUUCGGUUCCCCAGGCAGCCCUUCUUGGUAGGCUGGCACCAAGAGAAACCCCCCUGCGCCCCCUCGUCCCCUCCCCGGUGCUGGGGAUCUCCGUGGGGAGACUGGCGUGCUCUGGGGCCGGCACCAGAAAGCUGUCACACAGACUGAGGCUCAU